AUGGCGGACGCGGUUCAAUUCACUGAAAACGGCGGCGCGGCGGCUGGAGCGGACGGCGACGGCUUCGGCUCCGCCUUCUACAGUUACGGCUCGCAGCAGCCCAGCGCCGACAACGCCUUUUCGGGCAUGGCCAAAGCUAAGCCCGGGGCCGAGGAGGCGGCGGCAGCAGCAGCAGCAGCAGCCGCCGCCGCGACCGGCGAGGCGACGAGCAGCGAGGCCUCGGGGCGGAUGGAAGGCGCCGAGGACGGCAGCUCCGAGCAGAAAGACGUGGAAGGAUCCAAGAUUAACGCCAGUAAAAACGAGGAGGAUGAGGGGAAGAUGUUUGUUGGUGGACUCAGCUGGGAAACGAGCAAGAAAGAUUUAAGGGACUACUUUUCUAAGUUUGGAGAAAUUGUAGACUGCGUAAUCAAAAUGGACCCUGUGACUGGGCGUUCACGAGGAUUUGGUUUUGUCCUCUUCAAGGAUCCUGAAAGUGUAGACAAGGUAUUGAAAUACAAAGAGCACAAACUUGAUGGGAGAGUUAUUGAUCCGAAGAGAGCUCAAGCUAUGAAGGGAAAGGAACCAAUCAAAAAGAUCUUUGUGGGUGGUUUGGACCCUGACUGUCCAGAGGAAAAAGUGAGGAACUAUUUUGGAACUUUUGGAGAGAUUGAAUCUAUUGAGCUUCCUAUGGACACUAAGACCAACAAGAGAAGAGGUUUCUGUUUCAUAACGUUUAAAGAUGAGAAUCCAGUGAAGGCAAUUAUGGAAAAGAAGUUCCAUGAUGUUGGUACAAGCAAGGUUGAAAUCAAAUUGGCCCAGCCUAAGGAGGUGUACCAGCAACAGCAAUGGGGAGGCCGAGGUGGAUUCUCUGGUAGAGGAAGAGGUAGAGGAGGACAAAGCCAAAACUGGAACCAAAGCUACAACAGUAACUAUUGGAACCCAAGUUAUGGAAACUAUAGCUAUGGCUAUGGCCAGGGUUAUGGUGGGUAUAGCGGCUAUGACUACCCAGCAUACAACUAUGGCUAUUAUGGUUAUGGACAAGGAUAUGGUGAUUAUAACAAUCAACCAGGCAGUUACGGUAAAGCUCCAAGGAGGGGAGGUGGUACACAAACUCAGUACAGGCCUUAUUAAACAGCCUGGCUAUGGUGAAGAUCUUCAUAAACAAGUGGGAACUUCAUUGCAGGCCAUGUCACCAUGACCACACGAUUCGCACAAGCCUGCACAUUAUGGACAGAAUUCGAGAUGCCCAGUGGUAUGGUCUCUUCCAACCUUCUGUCUCACCAUAAAGAUUAGACCGUUUUAAAAAAGAAACUCUAAUUAUACACUUUCAUUCACGCAGACAGUUUUUCCUUUUUUAAAUAAAAAUUAUAUAGUCCUAUUUUCUUUACAGGCUCAAGUUAAAUGGUAAUAUAGCCAUGACCUCCUGUUUCUUCAAUGGAUAAAGCCGUUCUUACAAUUUGUGCUUUCUUUUAAUAGUGUGUAAUUGGAUAAUGAACUACCAAUUGCUAAAUAAUGCUUGCUUUUUUUCUUUCUAUAGCUCAAUAGUGAUGUGUGACUCAUGUUUGUAAUGGGCAGUUUUAAAGUUAAUGGACUUGUAUAUUCUUACAGCAUCUGCAGUUUGUGAAAUAUAUAUAUUUAUAAAUGCAGUUGGAUUAAGAAACUGAAGGCUGGGUCCAAGAGCAUGGAGGACUUGGAUAAUUCCUUGAAGGUGCUACCAACCAAUCAAAGCAUAGUCUGCUCUUCAAACUAAUUUUCCAUUAAUCAAUAUUGACAAAAGAGUAAACAUGUCUCGGACAGCCCAGUACUUCACACAGUUGGUGUGUGUGUUUUGAAGAGAGAGAAUCUUAACCAUAUUAUUGUCCAUUCUGUU